CUCAGAACUAAGUAUUUUGUAUUUCAGUCAGCGCAGUUUCAUCAAGUAGUGAAGCACGGUGGGAAUUGUUUCUACAGGAAUAAAACCCGAGAGAAUAAUGGCCGAAAGCAAGCAGAAUCGAGAUGAUGUUCUCACAUGUUCUGUAUGUAUGGAAACAUUCCGGGAACCAGUAAUGCUACCCUGUCAGCACAGUUUUUGUAGAGAAUGCAUUGGUUUGUAUGCUUCCAAGUCCAAAUCUGUACAGAUAGAUGAGACCUCCGGCAGCACGGGGAAUGAGGACGUUCACCAGCAGAUAGCAUGCCCUGUGUGUCGGGCACCGACCAGUCUGGGGAGAGAAGGUGUAGCUGGUCUGCCUCACAACUUUCACCUGGCGGAAAUUGUGGAGAAGUUGUCUGCUGUAAAGGUUGAGGAUGACAUCCCAUAUUGUUCUAUGUGUGAGGACAAUCAUGCUAAAGCUGUCAAGUUUUGUACCAACUGCAAUGUGUUGUACUGUCAGGAAUGUCUUACAAAUUACCAUCCAACGAGGGGGCCUCUAAAACGUCAUCGACUGAUUUCGGCUCUGGAGUACCUCGCCCAGGAAAUCUCACAGGGUCAAGUUAGCAGGGACCACCAAUCAACUCAGCAGCCGUCCUGUGCUAGGCACGGUCAGCCAUUCGGCUUGUACUGUGUACCGUGUCGGAUGGUGAUCUGUAUGGGGUGUGUGGUUGACCACCCGGAACAUGCUGUGCGGGAUAUACCAUCUGCAGCUGAGAAGAACAAGCUAGCUGUUUUGAACAAGACUAGCGAACUGGAGAAAGUCUUACAAGAAACUAAAGAAUCACUGUCAGGAGUUACGAGGCUGCACAAUAAGAUACAGGAAACUCAGGAACUUCACACUCAAGAGGUUGAAAGGGCUUAUUGUGCAGCCUUGGAAGCCUUACAAGCCUGGAAACAACAGUCCUUAGAUGGCAUAAAAACCCGCUAUUCACAGUGGAGUGUGGAGUGUAGUGCUAUACUCAAACAUUUCCAGCUACAGGCCCAGGAAAUGGAGAGGAUGGUACAGGCUUCCAAGGAUUUAGUAGCGUCAAUGGACGUCAAGUUUUUACAGGGUUCCACGGACUUCACCAAAAUAAUUGAUGACCAACUGAAUGAGAUAAGAGCCGAUCUGGAGAAACAUGAGGUCAGCAGACAAAAGCUUCUAGAUUCUCUACAACAUGACCAAGUUGUUCCUAGACAGGUGACUGUAAAAGAAACAGUGCAAGAACGUCAGGACUUAGAAGCAGCAGUCGGUGGACCAAUGUCACCCCUGUGUGUUACAAAGCCCACGCUGAGAUUCACAGAGACAGACGACAGGAAGCUGAGAAUCACUGACAGCGGCUGUGUGGUAAAGGGUGAGGGCUUGUUCGGGAGGUGGAUGAGAGCUGUGACAGGCGGGCGUUACCAGACGGGCAGGUACUACUGGGAGGUACACAUCACCUGUUCACAUGACUGUUACUGUGAUGUAGGAGUCACACAGGAGAGCUGUGGUGUGAGGGGGAGGACAAACCCUGGCCGUAACUCCUGGUACAUUGGGAUGGAGUACCGUGGUGAUGAGGUCAGGUGUUAUCGUCACAGUGGUGGUGAGGUCAAACCUGGCUAUCUACAGUACAGACGUUACACACGACCUCAUCACCUGGGUGUGUACCUGGACUGUGAUAACCAAACACUGACAGUCCUGGACUGUGACAACAACCAGGUAAUGUACACUGUCAGUGAUGUUAUCGUCACAGAGCCUCUCGUGCCAUCGGUUGAGUUUUGUGUCUUGUCUGGACCUGUGUCUGCUCGUCUGGUAACGGGUGACUCUGCAACUCUGCCUCCAGUUCUCUGUGAUAUGAUAAACACUUCCUGACCAUGGGGUAAUUAUUCAUUACAUCUUUUCCUUCCUAUUAUAUUUUGUUGAAAUAGACUUUGAUUAGGUUUUUUUUUAAAACAAACUGACCAAUUUGCGCAUAGAUGUUUUAGUUAAUGUGAGCAGUGUGGCUAAUUCAGUAUGUAUAGCUUCUUCUGCAAAGUGGUCAGUGAUCUGUCACAAGCUUACAGCUUGGUGUAGUUAUACACAGUCUGUCUGACUUGUCCUGAACAUCAUUGUCAGUUUUCUUGAAAAUAUAUUUAUAUAAUGACUGGGUAGUUUUUUUUUUUGUAAUGGUGACUUGUAAAUCAGCAUAAUCAGGAGUGUCCCUGAGCAAAACAGGUCACAAUGCAUAUAGUCAACAUUGUACAUGUAGUAAUUCUUGUUGUAUUAUGUAACUUUAGUCCCGAAGAAAAAGAGAUAUAUCCCUUACUGUUUUAGGUUAGAUGCGAGCAUUAAUUUUCCGCAAUAAUUC